AUGGUUAAUCUUACAUCUCUUAUGAUCUCCAUUCGCCAAAACUCUCGAUUUGUCAAGAACCUUAGGAUCCACAUUCGGAAUCUGUCGGUCGAAACGAAUGGAGGCAAUAAUGGGCGUGAAGAGAUUGAAUCGAGUGAGAAAUUGUUGAACCUUACUCACCGGAAAGACGUCAGUGAGAUCGCGGCAGAGGUUGGUAAGGUCAUUAGGAGCAAACCCAGAUGGGAACAGAGUCUGCUUUCUGAUUACCCUUCUUUCAAUUUCCACGACCCGUCUUUUUUUAGCGAGCUUUUGAAGCAGUUGAACAAUGUUUUUCUUUCGUUGAGGUUUUUUCUUUGGUUGAGUUCGCAGCCUGAGUUCUUGCCCCAUCCAGUCAGUUGCAAUAAGCUUUUUGAUGCUCUUUUGGAAGCCAAGGCUUGUGCUCCCGCUAAAUCUUUUCUGCAUUCUUUCGAUUUUAGUCCUGAGCCUGCUUCUUUGGAGAAUUACAUUCGAUGUGUUUGCGAGGGUGGAAUAGUUGAGGAAGCUGUUAAGAUAUUUGAUGUGUUAAAAGAGGCCGGUUAUCAUCCAUCCGUUGAGACUUGGAACUUUGCUUUUCAGAGUUGUCUUAAGUUUGGGAGGACUGAUCUUAUUUGGAAACUGUAUGAAGAGAUGAUGGAAGCUGGUGUGCAGAAGGAUGUCGACAUUGAGACUGUGGGGUAUCUUAUCCAGGCAUUCUGCAACGAUAAUAAGGUCUCAAGAGCUUAUGAGAUUCUAAGACAGGUUUUAGAAGAUGGAUUGGCCCCCUGUAACGAUGCUUUCAACAAAUUGAUUUCUGGGUUUUGUGAGGAGAAGAAUUAUCAUAGAGUAUCAGAACUUCUUCACACAAUGAUAGCGAAGAACUGUAAUCCCGAUAUUUUUACCUACCAGGAAAUCAUUAACGGGUUCUGCAAAAAUGGGAAGACUCUGCAGGCAUUUGAGGUUUUUAAUGCCCUGAAGGAUCGAGGAUAUGCUCCUGAUAUGGUCAUGUAUACAACUAUGAUUCAUGGUCUUUGUAAGAUGAGCCGGCUUGAAGAUGCUAGAAGGCUGUGGUUUGAGAUGAUUGAUAAGGGAUUUCGUCCAAAUGAGUAUUCGUACAACACGUUGAUUUAUGGAUUUUGUAAGAUUGGAAAUUUGGAUGAGGCCAUGAAGCUAUAUAAGGAAAUGCUUGAUAGCGGUUAUAAGGAAACCACUCUGAGCUGCAACACAUUGAUUUUAGGUUUGUGUCUACACGGAAGGACAGAUGAAGCAUACGACUUCUUUCGAGAAAUGCCUUGCAAGAGUAUAGUGUGCGAUGUCAUUACAUACAAUACCCUGAUUCAAGGAUUUUGCAGAGAGGGGAAGGUAUUACAGAGCAUAGACCUAUUGAAGGAACUGCAAGCGAAGGGGGUGCAGCCUUCGACUUCCUCUUAUACUCAUCUCAUUCAAAAGCUUUGUCAAUUAGGUAAUGUGCAAGAAGCAAAAGAAAUGUGGAAUGAUAUGCACAAUAGAGGUCUUCAGCCAAUGGUCUGCACUCGUGAUCACAUCAUUAGUGGAUUGUGUGAAAAAGGAUGUGUGGUUGAGGGGAUGGAGUGGUUGAUAACUAUGUUAAAGAGCAAUCUCAAGCCUCAAAAGAAAACCUUUUGUAAGUUGAUUCAGAGUCUCAUUCAAAUAGGUAAAUUAGAUGAUUCUUUAUCAAUCAUAGGCUCAAUGUUUAGAGUUGGUUAUAAACUAGAAGAAGGCAUUCUCAGUCAUCUCUUGGAUAAACUAUGUGAAAACAAGUAUCAUUUUGUUGAAUCAAAAUUAGAGGAAAUUAUAAAUUCCAAUUAG